GAAACCCAAUUCACCAGUGACUCCUCUUCAGUUCACAGUCCAUUUUCUAAAGGGUUCUUCAUCUUCAGCCAUGGCUCUCAGGCAAGGCAAGUGGAUCAAGCUUGAUCAAGGGGCAACUGGGCCUGGAGCAAGAAGCUCACAUGCCAUCACCCAGGUUGGACAAAAAGCCUAUUCCUUUGGUGGCGAAUUCCAGCCACGUGUCCCAGUGGACAACAAGAUGCACGUGUUCGACCUCAAAGAGCUGACGUGGUCUGCAAUUUCCGGCACCGGUGAUGUUCCACCGCCACGUGUCGGUGUGACAAUGGCAACUAUUGGAAAGACCAUUUAUAUAUUUGGUGGCAGGGACAAUGAGCAUAAGGAGCUCAAUGAGCUUUACUCCUUUGACACAUCCACAAACAAUUGGACCCUAAUUUCCAGUGGGGAUGUUGGCCCCCCUCACCGGAGCUACCACUCUGUGACUACCGAUGACCGCCAUGUCUAUAUUUUUGGCGGCUGCGGAGUGGCCGGCCGCCUCAAUGAUCUAUGGGCUUACGACGUUGUUGAUCAAAAGUGGAUCCAAUAUCCAAAACCAGGUGACAAUUUAAGGGGAAGAGGUGGACCUGGACUCCUAGUGGCGCAAGGAAAGAUAUGGGUUGUGUAUGGGUUUGCUGGAGAGGAAGCAGAUGAUGUACACACAUUUGAUCUAGCCCUUAAAGAGUGGAUCCAAGUUGAGACAAGUGGGGAGAAACCAACUGCUCGAAGUGUAUUUUCUACCGUUGCAAUUGGGAAAUACAUAGUUGUAUACGGUGGAGAAGUUGACCCCAGUGACUUGGGUCAUAUGGGUGCUGGGAAGUUUACUGCCCAAGCUUAUGUAUUGGACACAGAGACAUUGUUGUGGAAGCAAUUGGAGGAUGGCUUGAACUCGAGUCAUCAUCCUGGACCUCGUGGGUGGUGUGCAUUUACUGGUGGGGAACGAGAUGGCCGAGUAGGGCUUUUGGUCUAUGGUGGGAAUUCGCCGAGUAAUGAUCGACUUGAUGACAUUUUCUUCUUCACUCCUCAUUUCGAAGCAGAUGAAAAGUAAUCAGCUUAUCGUAUCAUAUAAAGCGAGUGAAGGUGUUCAUCCACUACAUCUCACAGAAGCACUACAUCUCACAGAAACACAAGAACUUAUGUGUUAUAAAUGUGUGUAAAUAAGACCUAGAAAUGACUUUGAUGUCAGGAACGAGGUUGUAUUAUGGAUUUCGAAAACUGUUGAUUUGUGUAUAGAGUAGUUUGAUUAUUUCAUCUUUUGUUCUGUGUUCCAAUCUUCAAGUCUUGCUGCUUUUGAUCUUCAAUUGACAAAAAUAGAUAUAAGCGUUUUAUAAGUUAC